AUGUUACGUACUUUGCCAAUUCGUGCUUUAAAUGCAUCCAAGCCAUCAUUAGGCUUCUCGUUCACCAGAACUUCCACUUUUGGCAUUCCACAAUUAUACAAUAAAAGGUCUUAUUCUUCGGAAGCCCCACAUGGUAAUGUUAAAGAGUUAGAGGACUUGAAACAGUUUAAGCAAUUCAUCUCUAAUGGAGAAAAAGUGUCCGUCAUUGACUUUUAUGCUACUUGGUGUGGUCCAUGCAAGGCAUUGGAACCGAUCUUUGCUAUGUUAUCUGAAAGAGUCCCAGAGGUUCAAUUUGGUAGAGUAGACGUUGAUAAAGCCCAGGAUACUGCAAUGGAAUACGGGAUUACCGCCAUGCCAACAUGUAAAUUUUUCAAAGAUGGUGAACAACUCGAUACCAUUAUUGGAGCCAACCCACCUAAAUUGGUGUCCUUAAUCAAGGAACAUUCAGGAGUCGACAUUUCUGGAAGGUAG